CGGUGUAGGUCCCCGUGCUUUGCCAGUUUGUGGCAGUUUAUUGGGUUCUUCACAGUGAUGGAGUAUCGUGCUUUUUAACUGUUGAGGGAGAUGCGGUCUAGUGCAGCCAUCAGGACCUGCCGUAAAGUCUGCAGGUGUCUGUUUUCUGGGUUUGGGGAUCGAAUAGAAGGGGGGCAAGCCGAUUGGUUGACGGAAAGGAGUGACUCCCUCCGAGGACACUUGAACUCCCACGCGGAGCUCCCCCGGGCCUGCGAGCAGACAGAAGCGCCUGAGUCUGCAGAGAGUGAGGCGCUGUUGGAGGUUUGUCAGAGAAGGCAUUUUCUUAGCGGAACUAAGCAGCAGCUUAGCCGAGAUUCUCUUCUGAGCGGGUGCCACCCCGGUUUUGGAACUUUGGGCAUAGAGCUGCGGAAGAACCUGGCCGCAGAAUGGUGGUCCUCGGUGGUGGUGUCCAGGGAGCAGGUCUUCGCGGUGGACGCCCCCCACCACAAACCUGGAGACGGCGCCUUCAGGUUAGUUUCUGCAGAAACUCUACGAGAAAUCUUGCAAGACAAAGAACUGAGUAAGGAACAGCUAGUAGCAUAUCUUGAGAACUUAUUAAAAACUUCUGGGAAACUACGGGAGAAUCUUCUUCACGGUGCCUUGGAGCAGUAUGUUAAUUGCCUGGAUCUGGUAAACAAGAGGCUACCUUAUGGCCUUGCUCAGAUUGGAAUUUGUUUUCAUCCUGUUUCUGACACAAAGCAGAUUCCUAGUGGUGUUAAAAGAAUUGGUGAGAGGACUGAAGCUUCACUAGUAUGGUUUACCUCUGCAAGGACUUCAAGUCAGUGGCUUGAUUUCUGGUUGCGUCAUCGACUCCUGUGGUGGAGAAAGUUUGCCAUGAGUCCAUCUAACUUCAGCAGCAGUGAUUGUCAGGAUGAAGAGGGACGAAAAGGAAACAAACUUUACUACAAUUUUCCCUGGGGAAAGGAGCCAAUAGAAACCCUGUGGAAUCUAGGGGAUCAAGAACUUUUACACAUGUAUCCUGGAAAUGUGUCUAAAUUACACGGCCGAGAUGGACGGAAAAACGUGGUUCCUUGUGUCCUGUCUGUGAGUGGGGAUCUGGACCGAGGCGUGCUGGCUUACCUCUACGAUUCUCUCCAGCUCACAGGGAACUCCUUUGUGAGGAAGAAAAUCCUUCAUAGAAAGGUCCUUAAACUCCACCCUUGCUUGGUCCCUAUGAAGGUUGCUCUGGAUGUGGGAAGAGGCCCCACCUCGGAGCUAAGACAGGUUUGUCAAGGGCUAUAUAAUGAAUUGCUAGAAAGUGGAAUUUCUGUGUGGCCUGGAUAUUUGGAAACCAUGCCAUCUUCAUUGGAACAACUUUAUUCAAAGUAUGAUGAAAUGAGUAUCCUCUUCACAGUUUUGAUUACUGAAACUACUUUGGAGAAUGGAUUAAUACAUCUGAGAAGUAGAGAUACCACAAUGAAGGAAAUGAUGCAUAUAUCCAAAUUAAAAGACUUUUUAAUCAAGUAUAUAUCAUCAGCUAAGAACGUAUAGGUUUUCACAUUUGUAUAAUAAAUACUCCUAAUUUGGUUGUCUUAUGUUCAUUUGGAUUGUUUUUAGUCCCUUUGUACUCAGAAGUGAACAUUUUUUGGUGCUUUGACUCAUUCGGUGUUAUACUUUUGAUGUGUUCCAUCAUACCAAGAAUAUGUUAAGCUACAAGAAACAAAAAUUCUACUACACUAGUUUAAGCAAAUUGAGGUUUGUUUUUCUCAUAUAACAUGCAAAUGCAGGGGACAGACCGUCCAAAGCUAGUGUACCUCUAGAUAGUUAGGGACCCAGGCACUGGGUUGACCACCAUCUGCAGUAUGUUGACUUUUAUCUUUGCUUGUUGCCUCAUGAUCACAGGUGGCUGCUGCAUUUCCUUUUUUCUUUCCACCUUCUAAUGAGGAAAGUCAAGGAGACAAGAGCCAGCCAGUGAAGAUUCUUCCCACUUUAGUUAAGAAAAUAAGAGCUUUCCAAGCCAUUCCAGUCAGAAGAUCUCUUUACAUCUCAUUGAUCAGAACUAGGCCAAGUGGCAGUUGGUCUGGGACCAGUCACUAUCUAAGGAAAUGGGAAUGCACUGGUUUAGUAAAGUGUAACUUUUCCUUUGGGUGCAGUAGUAUCUGACUGAAAUGGGUUUUGUUAUCAGGAAAGAAGAGGGUAUUUGUUGUUCGUUUUUGCAGUCCUAGGGAUUGAACCCAGAAGUUCUUUACCACUGAGCUACAUCCCAAGCCCUUCUUAUUUUAUUUUGAGAUGAGGUCUUGCUAAGUUGCUGAGUCUGGCCUGAAACUUCCAAUCCUCCUGCCUCAGCCUCUUGAGUAGUUGUCUUAAGAUAAAAAAUAAGAAGGGCUGGUGCUGACUCAGUGGCAGAGUGCCCUGGGUUCAAGCCCGAGUACAGGGAGGGGUAUGAUUUCCAUAAAAUAAACUUACCUAUUUCAAGUGAUUGAUGAGUGUAUGAGUAACUACCAUCACAAUGACAACAGGACAUUUUCAUCACCCCACAAUGUCCCCUCAUGCCAUUUUAGACUGCCUUAGUAGUAAACCUUAUGAGAUUGAGAGCUACUUACCUUGACAGAA